AUGGAUCUAAUAAAAGGACCUGCAAUAGUUCCUAAGAGGAAAAAAACUAAACACUUGCAAAUUUCCUCAUCAGUUUUCAACUAUGAAAUUAAAUUUAAGGAAGUUGUUUUAUUUAUUGUAGAACGCAAAAUGGGAACAAGUAGAAGAAACUUCUUGAUGGAACUGGCAAGAAAAAGAGGCUUUGGAAUUGAAAAUGAAUUAAGAGACUCUGUCACUCAUGUUGUGGCUGAAAACAAUACUGCUCUAGAAAUGUUGGAAUGGUUACAAGUAAACAACAUGGGCAACAAUACGAAAUUUAAUCUCUUGGAUAUCACUUGGUUCACAGAAAGUAUGGGGGCAGGAUUCCCAGUUGAAAUACAAAGAAGGCAUCAACUCAAGGUACAACAAGAUUGUUCUGCCAGUUUCAAUACAACGGUCUCUUCAUCAUGUGUCCAAGUCUCACAAUAUGCAUGUCAAAGACGUACAGCCUUACAAGACAUCAACAGAAUAUUCACGGAUGCAUUUGAUAUCUUGGCUGAAAAUUAUGAAUUUUGUCAAAACAAAGGACCAUGCUUGGCAUUUUUAAGAGCAUCAUCUGUUGUGAAGUCGCUUACAUUUUCCAUUACGGCAAUGAGAGAUUUGAAUGGGCUUCCUUUCUUAGGAGAUGAGAUGAAAGCUAUUAUUGAGGAGAUUCUUGAAGAUGGAAAAUCUUCCAGGGUUUUAGACAUUAUGAACGAGGAGCGUUUUAAAUCUUUUAAGUUAUUUACAUCUGUCUUUGGAGUAGGGUUGAAGACCUCUGAGAAAUGGUACAGGAUGGGUUUACGAACUCUUGAAGAAAUCAAAAUGAGAGAAGAUAUAAAAUUAACAAAAAUGCAGAAAUAUGGUCUCUUAUAUUAUGAAGAUAUUGCAAGUUCUGUAUCCAGAGCAGAAGCAACUGCUAUUGACAAGCUAGUCAAGGAUAUUGUUUGGAAAUUAGUUCCUGAUGCCACUGUGACCUUAACUGGUGGCUUCAGAAGAGGCAAGAAGAUAGGACAUGAUGUGGACCUAUUAAUAACAUGUCCCAGAAAAGGAAAAGAAAAAAAUAUUUUACACAAUACAGUGAGGAUACUGGAAAAUCAGGAUCUUCUUCUUUUCUGUGACAUAAUUGAAUCUACAUUUGAUGAAACAAAACUCCCCAGCAGGCAUAUAGAUGCAUUGGACCAUUUCCAGAAAUGCUUUACGAUUCUCAAAUUGCAAAACAUGAACCGGAGUCUCAGAAACUCUAAUGAGAGCAGUGAGAAUGUGAUCAGGAGCUGGAAGGCCAUACGGGUGGAUAUGGUGGUAGUUCCCUAUGAGCAGUUUGCUUAUGCUCUUCUAGGGUGGACAGGAUCCCGGCAAUUUGAACGAGAUUUACGGAGAUAUGCUACUCAUGAGAAAAAGAUGAUGUUGGAUAAUCAUGGACUUUAUGAUAAAACCAAGAAUGUUUUCCUCAAAGCAAAAACCGAAGAAGACAUAUUCAUGCACCUUGGCUUGGAUUACCUGGAACCCUGGGAAAGAAAUGCAUAAAAUGUAAUUAUAAUAUUCAUGUUUUUUGACUAGUCAGAAAAACAAUACUUUUUCAUUGUAGCUACUGAUGUCAAGUUAAUCUAAAUUAAAAAAUGUAAGCAUUUA